AGUGAGGUUCAACUAAAGUGAUAUCCCUGAGACAGGGAGCCAAUCUUAAGCCAAGCGCCUCAUCUCUUUGCGCCGACGAGAACCAUGGAGAGCUCCAGACUGUGGACGCGGGCGAUGGCCUGCGCAAUGCUGCUGUCUUUCGUUGCGGGUGCUGAAACGAACGACUCGGACAUGGAAUUGGACCUGGAUACGCGAGCCAUCAGGGACUUCUAUCCCAAAGAUCCAAACUUGACGAACGAAAAACAGCUUCUCGGGGCUCUCCACGACGUUCUGGAAAAGCUGCAGGCAAAACGGAUUCCGCUUUGGGAAAAGAAGUUUGGAAGAGUUCCAACGUGCGACGUCGGAGAACAGUGUGCCAUCAGAAAAGGAGCCAGAAUCGGCAAGCUCUGUGACUGCCCGAGGGGGGCGUUUUGCAACUUUUUCUUGUUGAAGUGUUUGUGAAGUGCCCUCUGUUUGAAUGCCAGUAGAUCAAAUAGUUGAUGUCUAUCAAAACACGUCACUUGUAUGUACAAUUCCUAUGACUGACUGUAUGAUAGCCUACUCUAAACAAGUGCCACUACAAAGACAUGACUGCGUAAAUACCGGCGAACAGUACGGCUCCAGGACUUCGACUGGAUGUUUAUGUGAACGGAUAUUAUAUAUUCAAAUAAACUGUGUCAUAAUUCGUUUUGUAAA